GCGUCCACACGGGCGAGCGGCCCUCCCCGUGCCCGGACUGCGGCGAGGCCUCCCCGCGGAAGUCGGCCCCGACCCACCACCGGCGGACCCACACCGGCGAGAGGCCCUACCGCUGCCAGGACUGCGGCGAGGCCUUCCCCCGGCGCUCGGCCCCCGCCCGCCACCGGCGGGUCCACACGGGCGAGGAGCCCCACCCGUGCCCGCUCUGCGGCCGGGCCUUCGGCCGGAGCUCCACCCUGGCCGAUCACCGGCGAGAAGCCGUUCCGCUGCCCCGUCUGCGGGAAGACCUUCAGGCCGACGUCCCACCUCAGCCAGCACCGAAGGAGGAGGCCGCCGGGGCCGGCCCGGCCGACGCCCGAGGACCGCCGCCCACGGGGAGCGGUCGGGCGGCGGGCCCGCGGACACGUGCGUCUGCGGGUCCGGGUCCGCGCCCGAGCGCCUGGGGGUUCCUGUAGACGGUGAGCUCGUUGUGGGUAUGUGUUCGUCGUCACACCGCGCUCUCCCCGGCGCGGAGCGCGGCGGGCGCCCAGUAAAUCCCAUCGGAUGGACGAAAGGACCGUCCUUCGGGCGGCGGCCGCCCGCCGCCAGACCCCGGGCCGGCCCCGGUGCCGGUCGGGGAGAGGGACUCUGUUUUACGGUGUGUGUUUUUUUUUUGUCUUUUUGAAAAGGUGGUCGCCGAGUGCCCGCUCCGGGCCAGGCGCUGUUCCGGGCGCCGGGGUCGGUACGAGAUUACACAGGUUGGACCCAAUCCGUGUCCCACACGGGGCUGACGCCUCGCCGGGGUCCUCGCGGAGCCGGGACGUCGCUUUCUCGUCACGGUGGCGAUCCCGAGCCACCGGUGUUCGGGGCAUCCGUCUUUCGCUUUGGCUCCCCGGGGUGUUUAUCGAGCGCUCGCCGUGCAUCCGGCCCUUGUCUGAGCAGCGGGGAGGAUCCAAGCCAAUCGGGUCGGACGCAGCCCCCGUCCCACACGGGGCUCACGCUCCCAAUCCCCAUUUUACGGACGAGGCCCCGAGAAGUGAAGCGAUCCGUCCCGGGUCGCCCGGCAGGCAGGAAGAGGGGCCGGGUUUAAAGCCGCCCGGGUGGUUUUUUUCCGAGAAACCGUCGGGUCGUCCGCGACGCACCGCUCCUCGAAAACCGCCGACGGUCCCCGACCCUCCGCGACCAACGGCGUCUCUUUACCACCAGGUUCGGGCGCUCGGUUUGCUCGCCCCCUCCCACCUAAGCCCACCGUGCUCUUCACCUCGACCCCCCGGCCCACCCCGCACCACUUCCGGCCUUUCUAGAACGACCUCCGCACCGGUGCGGUUCCCGCCACCCGCGGCGCUCGGGCACGCCUAUCUCACGAAACCUCUCCAUCGUAUCUUCCGAGCGCGUAGCGUACGCCCGGCGCCCAACGGACCACUCGGGAGAGUCCAGCGCAACGGGGUCGGUCGGGAGGUGUCUCCCGCCCGCGGGUUUACGGUCCGGAGAGGGAGACGCACGUCGAGAGAAAGAAAUGACUUGUGGAUAUGGACAUGAGGAAACACCCUGAGAAACGCCACGUUUAUUAGGAAGGAGGAGGAAGAGGAAGGGAGGGAGGAAAGGUGGCAGAUGACAGCGCCGGGCACAUCGGGAGCGCUUCGAGAACCCCAUCGUUAGACCGUGCGCCCGUCCAACGGCCGGGACCGUCGCUAUCCGUUGCCGACUUGUUCAUGCCAAGCGCUUAGUCCAGUGCCCUGCGCAUGGUGAGCGCUCAACGAAUACCGUUGAAGGAAUGGCGAUGCCGAGGGUGGGGAGGAGGGCGCUCAGCACCUAGGAGAUGCCGUCGGCGUGGCUCAGGGGCAAGAGCCCGGGCUUGGGAGUCAGGGCUCAUG